UUGCUUAUAAGAUAAUACCCUCUUCAAUCUUUUAUUGCUGUGGAAAAUAUCUCGCAAGAAGAAGAAGUGAUGUUCCUCGUCGAUUGGUUCUAUGGAGUUCUCGCAACUCUCGGAUUGUGGCAGAAGGAAGCGAAGAUUUUGUUUCUCGGUCUCGACAACGCCGGAAAAACCACUUUGCUUCACAUGUUAAAGGACGAGAGGCUAGUCCAGCAUCAGCCGACACAGCAUCCGACAUCGGAAGAGCUUAGUAUCGGGAAAAUCAAGUUCAAAGCUUUCGAUUUGGGAGGUCAUCAGAUUGCCCGUAGAGUCUGGAAGGACUAUUAUGCUAAGGUCGAUGCGGUGGUUUACCUGGUGGAUGCAUAUGACAAGGAGAGGUUUGCAGAAUCAAAGAAGGAACUUGACGCACUUCUCUCAGAUGAAUCCCUAGCAAAUGUCCCGUUCCUCGUUCUUGGAAACAAAAUCGACAUUCCCUAUGCUGCAUCAGAAGACGAGCUGCGUUAUCAUCUAGGCCUAACCAAUUUCACCACCGGGAAAGGUAAAGUGAAUCUAGCAGGAACAAAUGUUCGUCCUCUUGAGGUCUUCAUGUGCAGCAUUGUCAGGAAGAUGGGCUACGGCGAAGGUUUCAAAUGGGUCUCUCAAUAUAUCGACUAAGAUCAAUGUAUGUCUGAUAUGUGGCUACGAUUCCAAGUUGUAAAACGAUUUACCAUGUAAAUGUGUGUAUAACUGUUUAUAUUUUUGUAUACAAUCAAGACUUUUAAACUCAAAA